UCCGGGAGCCGAGGCGCUGGCACUUCCCGGCCGAGCCUGCAGCCGGCAGCGCGGGGUCGCGCAGACUUUAAGAAAUAAUACACGUAACAAACAUAUGGAAAAGUGCACAGAUCCUGAGUCCCGCCAAACUACUUUUCACAGACUUGUUUGUGUAACCUGCAUCCAGAACAGAUGGCUGCUCCAUGGCUCUCUCCCAUCCUGCCACACCCCCAAUGCCUGCUCUCCCAGGGUUAGUUUGGAGGCCUGCACUAUGGCUUCGUCCUCCUCCAUCCCAGCCUCUUCCACUAGGUCCAAGAAGCCUCGAGACAAGAUAGCUGACUGGUUUAGGCAGGCUUUGUUGAAGAAGCCUAAGAAGAUGCCAGCCCUCCGGGAAAGCCACCCAAGUGAUGGUUCACAGAAAGCCACACAGGACGGUCUCCCACCCUCGAGCCACGACUCACCCUCCAACCGAAGCUCACCCCUGAGCCACAACUCACCCUCCAACCGCAACUCACCCCCAAGCCACAGCUCACCUCCGAGCUGCAGCUCAGGAAUGUCUCCUACCCUGCAGCCAACAGACAUGGACACCAGCUGCAGCAGUGGCCGCUGGAGCAAAGACUAUGACGUCUGCGUGUGCCACAGUGAGGAGGACCUAGAGGCCGCCCAGGAGCUGGUCUCCUACUUGGAGGGUAGCAGGGCCAGCCUACGCUGCUUCUUGCAGCUUCGGGAUGCAACCCCAGGUGGCGCCAUUGUUUCUGAACUAUGCCAGGCCCUAAGUAGUAGUCACUGUCGUGUGCUACUCAUCACCCCAGGCUUCCUCCGGGACCCCUGGUGCAAAUACCAGAUGCUGCAGGCCCUGACGGAGGCCCCCGGGGCGGAGGGUUGCACCAUACCCCUGCUAUCCGGUCUGUCCAGAGCCGCCUACCCGCCGGAACUCCGAUUCAUGUACUAUGUGGACGGCAGAGGCCAGGAUGGUGGCUUUUACCAAGUCAAGGAGGCUGUCAUACGCUAUCUGGAAACACUAAGUUGACACUUAAGUUUGCAUGAGAAAAGUUGGAGAUAGCUCACUCCGGGUGCUGGAUUCCAGUAGCUACGGCCUCAGACGCCAGUGCCUGCUGCACUGUGGACCUGCCGCAGGAUCAGCUUGCCACUGCUUCCAUUACUGGGGGCUCCACAAGAAGGCCCGGAAGAAGAUGCUCCCCACCACCACCAAGGAGACCAGGGGGAAGAUGGGGAUUCCCCAAGAAGAGCAGAAGGAGCCAGGGACUCUCCCAGGAAGGCAACGAGGAAGUCAGAAAUUGGAGUUGUCAAGAGAUUGUGACGUCAGGAGGGGCAGCAGUGCCUUGUCUGCUGCUUAACCGAACAGGAAGCUGACACACAGCGCUCUUCUUCUCCGGAGUCAGGCACCGGAGUAAAUAGGUACCACUCCUCACGAGGGGUGAGCCUGACUGAUGAACUAGAAGUCAGUGCUCUUCUCAGUUGCCUGGGAAACCGGGGAGAGGUGGCAGGUAUCAGGUCCUUCACACUCACACUACUGUAGCUCUUUCCCAGAGACAUCAGCUCACCUUACAAAGCUGGAGGAAAGGCACGCCCAGCCCCACACUGAAUACCACUUACUGAACAACAAAAAAGGUUUGAAAUACAAACCUUGCCAGGCAGUGAUGGCACGUGCCUUUAGGAGACAGAAACAGGCAGAUCUCUGUGAGUUCAAGGCCAGCCUGAUCUACAAAGCAAGUUCCAGGACAGUCAGAGCUGUUACACAGCGAAACCCUCUCUCAAAAAACAAUAACAACAACAAUAACAAAAGCAAGCCUAGGGGCUGGAGAGAUGGCUCAGUGGCUAAGAACUCUUGUUGCCUUUGCAGAGGAUCCAGGUUCAAUUCCCAGUAUCCAUGUGGUAUUUAUAAAUACCACAUGGUAGUUAUAAAUAAGGCUCACUGCUUAUUUACAACUCUGCUUCCAGGGGAUCUAAUGCCUUCUCUGACCAGGAACUCCUUGGGCACCAGGCACACAUAUGGAACACAUACGCUCAUGCAGGCAAAACAGUCAUACACAUAAAGAAAUCUUUUUCUAAAAAGUUAGAAAUGCAAAUCUAGGGUUGUAGGUGGAGUUGGUGGUAGAACACUUGCUUAGCAUGUAUGAGGGCUUGGCUUUGACCACCGGCACCAUCAAAAUAAAAAAACCAAACAAACCUGGAAACCAUUCUGCACGCAUGAACAAGUAGCGAGAAGGAAAAGCAGGGUGCAGGACUCAGCUUCACCUGGAUCCUUUGACACAUAGGACCUCCUCCGACAUCUGCUAGAGCCCAUGCUUCAUAGCACCUGUCUUUAUGAUGAACUGAAAGGAAUCAAUGUUCUCAGUCUAGCACAGUGUGUGUUCCCAGGGAGAGGCAAGGCAUCCCUUUCUUCUCAAUGAGAACAGAAACAUGGUCAACCGUCACUGUCUCCCCUGGUGUAUACCUUGAGCCUUUUCUCUUCCUUUUGUCAUGUCCCUUUAUAGAAAACAAAUUAUUUUAAAUUUAUGAUUUUUUGGUUACAUACAAAAUAUCUAAAGGAUGCUAUAACUCAUGCACUUACCACCUUAAUAUAAAAAAUACAGUAAGCAAACCUUAUUCCCAACAUGCUUGUUUCCUUCGUGUUCUGAGUUCCAGGCCCCUCAUGUUUCCUAAUAGAAAUAACCACUAUUCUGAAUUGAUUUUGAACUUACUGUGAACUUUUCUGUAUGAAGUUUGUAUAGAUAGAUGCAUCCCAGCAAAAUGUUAUUUAUUUUUAUGACUUUAUCUUUUAUACACAUUGCAUCACAAUGUGUGUUUCCGUUGUUUGACAUGUUUGUGAGGUACGUCCACGUUAUGUCACUCAUGAGCUUCCUCUUGUUCUCAGUCUGAGGGUCGAGCGACCCUUUCACAGAGGUCACAUGUCAGAUACUCCACUUGUCAAAUAUUUAUGAUUCAUAACAGGAGCAAAAUUACAGCUAUGUAGUAGCAACAAAAAUAAUUUUAUGGUUGGGGGUCGCCACAACACGAGAAACUGUAUUAAAGGGUCACAGCAUUAGGAAGGUUGAGAACCACUGCUCUAAGAUCUCUUUAAAACAAAUUCUAGGUCUUUUCUCCCUAAACAUUUAGUUACAUCCCUCUAAAUCAUGAGGGGUUUUUUUUUUUUUUGAGCACUAUAAAGUUCUAUUUUCAUCUUAAUAUAAAGUGCUGUCUAUGAAGUUGUAGUCAGUGCUUUUGUGCCUUACAAAGUCUUUCCUGUGUUAUUCCUACCUUCUACAGUCAAUCUUGAAAAAGCUGGUUAUAUCUUCCAGGGUAUUUCUAUUCAUAUUUAGAUCUUUCCUCCACUUGGGGUUGUUUUUGUUUGUCUGUUACUUGUUUUCUUUUGGUUUUUGGAAACAGGAUCUGUCGCCCAGAUCGACCACAAACUUAAGAUCUUCCCAGCUCAGCCUCCCAAGUCCUGGGAUUUCACACAUUAUAAGCUAUCAUGCAUGGUUUGCUCUUGGUUUUCAAGUCAGAAAUCCAAUUCUUUUCUGUCAGUUACAUCCUAUCUCCACUGAUAGCUGUUUGUUGUUUUCUGUUUAUUUGAGGUAGGAUCCCACUAUGUAUCCCUGGCUGGCCAAGAAUUCACUGUCAACCCGGCUGCCUCAGACUCAGAUAUCUGUCUGCCUCUGCGUCUCCAGCACAGUGCUGGGAUUAAAGGUGUGUGCCACCAGACCCAGACACUGCUGCUGCAUACUGUCGCAUGUCCGUGUCUAUUGCUGGUUCUCUGGUCUCUUUCAAGUAGACCCUGUGUUAGUACCACAGGUCUUUAAAAAGCUUUAAUACCCCGAGGAUCAAUUCUUCCCACUCUUCUUGUUAUCUAAAUUACUCUGUCUUUUUUAAAUUUCUACUUCUCUGCUUUGUUUAUUCACACUGUCAGUUGCCAGGAAAAAGUCUAUAUUUUUAUUGGAGUUACAUUUAGUUUAUGGAUUUGACUAGGAAAAGCAGGUACUUUUAUGAUAAAGCCUUCCUAUCCAUAAAGGAAC